ACAACGAUUGCAAACAUAUUCAAGUGUAGAGGCAAUUAUAAUUGACCACUAAGUGUAACAACAGCCAGAAUUACAUUCCAAAAGCUAGAAGAAUCCAUUGUUGUGUUUAAGUUAGAUUAAGAGAAUCUCAGUACUUAAUCAUUCAAGAACUGAAGUUAUUUGAACAUAUGUGAGUUUCAACUUUUCAAUCAAUGGAGAAUAUACAAGAUAGAAUUCCUGAAAUGGUUGCUAAAGUUUCCUCUGAACUUGACAGAUGUAUAGCAUUUUGGUUAAAGCAUUCACAUGACGAAAAUAAUGGAGGAUUCUUUACAUGCUUAGGAAGAGAUGGUUCAAUCUAUGAUACAAUAAAAUAUGGAUGGCUACAAGGAAGACAGGUCUGGACUUAUGCAAAGCUUUACAAUGAAUUUGAACGAUUUCAUCGUGAAGACAUAUAUAAUGCAGCAAUCAAAGGAGCAGAAUUUAUACGGAAGCAUAUCAAGGACCCAGAUACAAAAAGAUGUGCCUUCUCAAUGACAGCAGAGGGUAAACAUAUUAAAAUUCAGAGAAAUAUCUUUAGUGAAUGUUUCUAUGUACUAGGGAUGUCUGAAGUGUACCGAGCCAGUAAGAUUGAAACAUAUAAGAAUGAAGCUUUGGAAAUGAUGGUGAAAAUUCUCUAUUGGACCUAUGAAGAUUCUACAGACCUGGGUUGUUCUCUUCUUAAAAGUAGUGGCGAAGUUAAGACACUUGCCGUGCCAAUGAUGCUUCUCUGUUUGGCUGAUCAGUUAAUCACUGUUGAUUUGGAUUCAGAUGGCACUUAUAGUAAACUUUCUGAGCGCUGCUCUCUUGAAAUUCUGAAACAUAUUCAGAGGCAAGGAUUCGUUGUGCUGGAAAAUAUAUCAUUGGAAGGAGAAGAGUUACCUGGAAGUGCGGGCCGAUUAAUGAACCCUGGUCAUACAAUUGAAGCAGGAUGGUUUCUCUUGAGAUAUGCAGUUCAAACAAGCAAUAACUCACUCAAAGAAACGGCUUUAAUGUCAUUGAUUGAACAACCAUUCCAAACAGGCUGGGACAAGGAAAAUGGAGGUCUUUUCUACUUUUUAGACGCAAAUGGCCUCUCACCUAUGCAAUUAGAAUGGAACAUGAAACUUUGGUGGCCUCUCUGUGAAAGCAUGAUAGCUUUCUUAAUGGCUUAUAAAUAUACAGAAAAAGAUCACUAUUUGCAUACAUUUGCAACAAUCUUUGAUUAUGGAAUUACACAUUUUAGUGACCCAGAUUAUGGGGAAUGGUUUGGUUACCUCAAGCAAGAAGGUCAAGUCAACCAGAAUUUUAAAGGAGGAAUGUUCAAAGGGUGUUACCAUCUUCCACGAAGUUUAAUGAUAUGUGAAAAAUUACUACAAGAAGUGUUGAACAAAAUAAAACCAGGAAACUAAAUUUUUCUCAAAAUAGUUUUAAGCAAUUUAUACCUUUUUGAAUAAACAAUUUUUUUUGAGUA